AUGGUUAUUAAGAAGACAACAACAGUAGUUACAAAGUCAUUUGAACGUGGAGUUCUGCGGAAGGAUGCUUCAUCAAGAGAGAAUGAUGUAAGCGAGUUCAAUCAUCUAUUUGAUGAUGCAAAUCAACCAUCAUCAUCAUCAGUAAAGGGCAGGAAUAAGAAGAAAUCAACUACAACAACAGCGACAACAAACAACAAAGAUGAUAUUGAUGAUAAUGAAGCAAUCGAGUUCUUCUCAAGUCAACAUGUAUCAUCAUUCGCCAGCGCUGAUAUUAUAAACGAUAAGAAUCUUCACUUAUCAUUAUCAAAGCAGAUGGAGAAGGAGGGUCUGACUAAAGCAUUUGGUAUGAAGAGGAAGUUGGAGAAUGAUAAUGAGUAUGAUCAUGGCACAGAGUCAGAGGAUGAACAAGAUGAAGAAGACCAAGAUGAUGAAGAUAUGGAUGAGAACAACGACCAACUCGAGAAAGAGUUUGUUGAAUCACGUGGACAUCGUUCAUUCGAGAAUCAAGACAUUGUCAGGAAACUACUACCUACAAAGGGUGCAGAUGGAACAAUGAAGAGGGUGACCGAGGUCAUCAUUAAUCCAGAGACAAAGGUCGAGAAGCUGAAAGGUGUGGAGAUGCAUCCAAAACAGAUAUUGAAGGAGAAGGAACAGGAGAGGUUGAAGGUACAACAACAGGAGAGACAGUUGAAGAAACAAAAGAUGAUGCCAGAGGUCAAGGAGAAGGAUAAGAAGAAGAAGUCAAAGAAGAAGGGCGAUGACGACUCGGAUGAUGGAGAGAUGGAGGAUUCGGAAUCAGACUCGGACUCUGACGAUGAUGGACCUGAGAAUGAUGUUGAGGAGUUGGAGUACAUGGAGAUGAGUGACAACGAGGAAGAGGAAGAGGCCAAGGACAAUGGUCGCAAGAAGCCCAUCAACGAAGCUGAGAGAUUCCUCCUCUCCCAACAGACCCUCGAAGAGACCAAGGUCCAGCUUGCACAGAUCUCGUCCAAGAUCAUCGAGAAUCCAGAGAAGAAUAUCGCAUUGUUCAACAACUUGUUCGCCAUCUGCUUGAAACAAGCUGAUAUGACUAUUAAGAAGUUGACUGUGUUGUCAAUGUGCGCAUUGUUCAAGGAUAUCAUUCCAGGCUACAAGAUUAACAAUCAAUUGCAUAAGGAGGAUAAGAAGGACAAGGACGAUAAGAAGCAAAAGUUGAGCAAGGAUAUGAAGUUGAUGCGUAUCUACGAAGGCAAGCUACUCAAGUACUACCAGAACUAUCUGGUGCUGCUAGAGGGCACCGUAGAGAACAUCUUGGCCAUCCAGUCCAAGCAUCGUCCACCACGUCCCAACGCCUUCUUCCGCACCAACCAGAUUGAGAAGGGCAACUACACCAGCCGCGACAUGUCUUCGAUGUUGUUUGUCGUGAUCAAGGUGGCUGCCACCCUGCUCGUCUCCAAGCCCCACUUCAACUUCAAGACCAACCUCGUAGUGCUCACCGCACGAUUCACAGUGUACCGCGACAAGUCCAUCUCUGCCUUCUGUCUCCAGUCCAUCACUGAGCUGUUCCAGAAUGAUCUUACUGGUGGUUCCACUUCGCUCGAAGUCGUCCGUUGCAUUUCCAAUGUGGCCAAGGCUACCAACUACAUGAUGGACCCUUCAGUUCUGCGCGUCUUCCACUCAAUCCACUUGUCCGACGCUGUGGAGAAGGUCAAUCCAUUUGGUGCGGCCUCUGACAACUUUGGCCACAGAUCCCAGAGAGGCAAGAAGCACUUCUCCAACAAGGAGCGUUCAGACAAGCGUGCCGACAAGAAGCUCGAGAAAGAGAUGUUCGAAGCCGAUGCAGAGUAUACAGUUAAGGAGCAGAAGUACCUCCAGACAGAGAUCCUCAAGAGUAUCUUUAUCACCUACUUCAGGAUCAUCAAGCAAGCCCCACACUCCCCAGCCUUGGCCUCCGUGCUCGAGGGUCUGGCCAAGUUUGCCCAUUUGAUCAGUGUCGACUUCCUUGGCGACCUGUUGGCAGCACUGGCAGGUCUUAUUGGUCGCGACAAUAUCACACUUGGUAACGCAUUGAACGCCACCAUCACAGCCUUCAAGACAGUCAAGCAACAUGGACACACGCUCAAUGUCGAUCUGAAGGACUACUUCUCCAAGGUGUACUCCUUGCUUCCACAAUUGGUGCUACCACGUGAGCAACACAAUUGUCUGGCGGCAGUCAAUGCCUUCCAGGGAAUGCUUGGAGAGAGGAAACAGACAGCAAUCGAUCGUGUUGCAGCAUUCAUUAAGCGUAUGGCGACCAUCUCCACUGCGCUACCACCACAUGUCGCACUGGCAUUCAUCUCACUGUGCAAAGUACUCUUUGUUGGACAUCCACGUGUUCAAAGACUCAUCGAGAAUGACAACUCAUUCCACUCUGGCGAGUACAAUGGAGAGACACCCGAUCCAGAUCAUUGCAACCCAUUCUCAUCAACUCUCUGGGAAUUGACCUUCUUCUAUAAUCAUUGGCAUCCACAAUUCGAGCCAAUCAUUAAGAGAUUCUUGUCAUUCAAUGAGACAUCAGCGGCACAGGUACACAGAGACAAGUCACCAGCAGAGAUAUAUCAGCUGUAUGAUAACUCCAAGGGAGGCUUCAAUCCACCAAUUCAAACGCCCAAGGAGCAUCCAUUGGAGAACAGAUUGAAGAAGCUCAAUAACCAGAAGACCAAGAACAAGAGAGAGAUAGAAAUAUUUAUUAUCCCCACCCAAACAGAGCCAUCCAAUUUCCUCAGCAGCAUAACGUCAAAGGCGGAGGAAGUAGAGGCGGACAAGGUGUCAUUCAACUCUUACUUUGAGGACAUCAGAGACUAUGAACGACAGAUGUCACUCAAGAAGAAGCUGACACACCUCCAGCGAGUCAAAGCACAGGUUGACAAAAAGUUGAAUGAGAAGGAGCUCAAGCUGAAGCAACAUCAGGCCCAACAACAGAAGCAAACUACUACAACAUCAACAUCAGCAUCGACCGCCCAAAAGGUUGCCAAGACACCAGCCAAGCCUGCUCCAAACGCCGCGCCAAAGCCAGCUCCAGCCAAGUCAGCUUCAUCCAAGCCAGCUCCAGCCAAGACAGCUGCCAAAGCCCAAGCGACCAACAAGAAGAAAUAA